AUGUCUUCAUCAACACAAGAACCAUACCGCCAACAUUCGAGGAGUAGCUCAGAUACACAUGUCCCAGACUUAGAAAAGGGCGAAGCGAGACCGAACAAAGAGGAGGAAGAAGCUGUCGAAGAAAAGCAACCCCAGGAAACAAGCGAUGAUAUCGGCGCAAAUCUCGAGAAGCAUCUAUCAAGAAAGAGCACAAAGAAGGACCAGCUCGCACCAGAAAAAUAUCCCCUAUCCGAUCUCGACAACAACCUCGUCGGCUGGGACAGUCAAGAUGAUCCUGCGAACCCACGUAACUACACAACGAAAAGGAAGAUCACACUCCUUGGAUUAGUCGCCGCCAUCACCUUCGUCAGUCCACUCGCCUCGUCCAUCUUCGCGCCCGGCAUACCCUUCGUCAAUGCAGACUUCGGGAACACAUCCCAGCUUCUUGGAUCCUUCUCCGUCAGUGUCUACGUCCUAGGUUUCGCAUUCGGCCCGCUCUUCCUCAGUCCGCUCUCCGAGAUCUACGGAAGAUACAUCGUACUCAACUGCUCCAACCUCUUCUUCUGCUGCUUCACCCUCGGAUGCGCGCUCGCACCUAAUCUCGGUGGCCUCAUCGGCAUGCGAUUCCUCGCUGGUGUCGGAGGCAGCGCAUGUUUGACAAUUGGCACCGGUGUCAUCGCCGACAUGUUCGUGCCUGCGCAGCGAGGAAAAGCUGUUUCGCUCUACAGUACAGGCAUCUUAUUCGGCCCUAUCCUCGGUCCUAUCUGCGGCGGUUUCAUUGCACAACGCGCAGGCUGGCGAUGGGAUAUGUGGGUCGUACUCAUCGUUGGUGGCCUCUUGACAGUGGCUCUCUUCGUCUUCAACAGCGAGACGUACCAUGCCGUGCUGCUCAACCGCAAGACUGAGCGUCUACGCAAGGAGUUGAACCGCCCUGAGCUUCAGAACAUCAUGACAUACGAGAAGGAUGCGGCUCUCCUAAGUCCUCUUCACAUCCUCGGAAACGGCAUCACGCGUCCGCUCAAGAUGCUCACCCGAUCGCCCAUCGUGCUGCUCUGCUCGCUCUACAUGUCCUUCCUCUUCGGCCUGCUCUUCCUUCUCUUCACGACAAUCACACCCGUCUUCAUCCAAACCUACGGCUGGUCUCCCGAAAUCACUGGUCUCGCAUACCUGGGUAUCGGAAUCGGAAACUUCAUGGGCAUCGCUUUCGUAGCCAAGACGAGCGACGCAACUAUCAUCCGACUAGCAAAGAAGAACAAGGGUGUCUACGAACCAGAGAUGCGCCUGCCACUCUGCGUGUUCUUCGGUUCGCUAAUCCCGAUCUCGUUCUUCUGGUACGGAUGGACAGCUUACAACAAAGUCCACUGGAUCGUCCCCAUCAUCUCCCUCGUCCCCUUCGGUUUCGGCCUCAUGGGCAUCUUCGCGCCCCUUCAGACCUACAUGAUCGAUUGCUUCCCCCAAUUCGCUGCUUCCGCCAUCGCUGGUAUGACAGCUCUGCGUUGUCUGUUUGGUGCCCUGCUUCCACUCGCGGGACCGACUAUGUACGAGACUUUAGGUUUGGGAUGGGGGAACAGCUUGUUGGGUUUCCUGGCUGUGGCGUUUAUUCCUGUGCCGGCGCUGUUGUUUAGGUAUGGCAAGGUUAUUAGGGAGAAGUACCCUGUUAAGGUUUAG